UCACUGCUGGGCACUGACUGGCGGCACUGCUGGGCAUUAACUGGCGCAACUGUUGGGCACUGACUGCCACAAUUGCUGGGCACUGACUGGUGGCACUGGCUGCACUGCUGGGCUGCACUGCUGGGCACUGGUGGGUGGCACUGGUGGGCACAGGUGGGUAGCACUGCUGGGCACAGGUGGGUGACACUUCUGGGCACAGGUGUGUGGCACUGGUGGAUGGCACUGAUAAGCACUGGUGGGUGGCACUGCUGGGCACAGGUGGGCAGAGCUGGUGGGUGGCACUGCUGGGAACCAAUCAUCAGGGCACUGAUCAUCAGUGCCCUGAUGAUCGGUGCCGAUCCCUGCUCUGACAACUGCCGGUUCUCACCAGUACUUUCCUCACGCUUUGACAGCGAGAGGAAAGUGCAGCUAAGAACCGGCAAUUGC